UAGCUAGACCUGUUUCUGUGGGACUUUCCAGAAGCAGUGUACCUGCCUUGAGUCCUGAUCAAGAAGCAGAAGCUGCCCCUGUGCCUGAUUUGUUGGGAAGUAUCCUGUCUGGACAAAGCUUUCUCAUGAUGAGUAGUUCGGAUGUGGUCAUCCACAGAGAUGGUUCGCUGACAGCGAAGAAGGCAGGGAUGCCGUUAUACAAACUUCAGCGAGCAAAAGAAGGAGCCUGGAAAGCAGAGGACUUGAACCAAACAUUAAAUCAGGUGUACUGUCAAAAUAUACCAUUGACGCCACCUCUGCCCUCCAGCCUGCCCCCCUACGCCCCCGUCAGCCAGCCGACGGUUCAGUUCAUCAUGCAGGGUAGUCUUCCAGCGCUUGGCUGCAUGGCAGGACAGAGCCUGACUCCGGAGCCAGGCAGCCUGGCUACUGCGUCUGAACCAGGAAUCCAAGCUGCUUCCGUUGGAGAUGCAGAAGAAAAGAUCAAAGCACCCAAACCUCCAGUGGAUAAAACAAAAAAUGAGGAAUACAUGAAGAAGCUUCACAUGCAGGAAAGGGCUGUGGAAGAAGCAAAACUUGCAAUUAAACCUUUUUACCAGAAGAGGGAGAUUACAAAGGAAGAGUACAAGAAUAUUCUUCGAAAAGCAGUACAAAAGAUCUGCCACAGCAAAAGCGGAGAGAUCAACCCUAUGAAGGUGGCUAAUCUGGUGAAGGCGUACGUGGAAAAAUACAAACACAUGAGGAAACAUAAGAAAUCUGAUGGUGAAGAUACACGUGAAGUGGAAAAUUGAGAGCAAGCCCCAGUCAGCAUGACUCGGGCUGAACUUACGCUGGCUGCGAACACUCUGCCAGAGGGAAUAAUGGGAAUAACAGAUCUGCAGUCCCAUCUCGUUGAAAAUAAAGCGCAGUGAAGCAAGAUGAUAAUAGGACUUAUCUAUGGAACUUCUUUUGAAUUGUUUCCAUAUGGGAAUGAACUUGGGGUUUUUUUUGAUUACCUACAGAUGUAGAACUAAAUAACAAUCAAAUGCCUCAGACCAGCAGAGUAAUUCGAGGGGGAACACAGAAGAGAUUAAUGUUUGAGACUCCCGGAUUGCUACAGUUUUCAGGGUUACUUUGAUCACAUUUUCGGGCUGUGCACCUGUCUUGCUAAAAGUUUGAAACUGGACACCACUUUUCAUAUACAGUACAUUGA